AUGACAUUCUUCCGUAGUCCAUUAUCGAUAGUCGUUUUUUCAUGUCUUUGUAUGGCUAUUGCUAUUAUUCCUCAAGGAAAUACGAAUAUAUGUAAUUGGAUUCAAUGUGAAAAUGGUGGUAUAUGUCAAUUAGCUGAAAAUUCUACUAUGGGUUAUAAAUGUCGAUGUCAAUUUGGUUUUACUGGUUUAUUAUGUGAAGAUCGAUUAAAUAUAACUACAUGUUUAAGAAAUCCAUGUAAAAAUAAUGGAAAUUGUACAAUAACAAAUGAUAAUCAAGUUAAAUGUACAUGUCAAAAAGGUUUUACAGGUGUUCGUUGUGAAAUUAUAAUAUAA